UAUAAUUCUCUCCUCGUCCCCUAAGCAACUACACCACCUCUACUACAACAAAUAUCCGGGGUUUUUUCUUUCUUAAAAAAAAAAAAAAAAGGGAAAAGUAAAAGGAAAAGAAACAAGACAAACUAAGACGAAAUGGCUCGCAGACCUGCUCGUUGCUAUCGUUACUGCAAGAACAAACCGUACCCAAAGUCCCGUUUCAACCGUGGUGUCCCUGAUCCCAAGAUCCGCAUCUUCGAUCUUGGCCGCAAGCGUGCCACCGUCGAUGAGUUCCCUCUCUGUAUACACCUCGUCUCGAACGAGUACGAGCAACUCUCUUCCGAGGCUCUCGAGGCAGCUCGUAUCUGUGCGAACAAGUACCUCGUCAAGACCUCCGGGAAGGAUGGUUUCCAUAUGAGAAUCCGAGCUCACCCCUACCAUGUUACCCGUAUCAACAAGAUGUUGUCCUGUGCCGGAGCGGACAGGCUCCAGACCGGUAUGCGUGGAGCUUGGGGGAAGCCCAAUGGGACAGUCGCUCGUGUCAAUAUUGGACAGAUUAUUCUUUCCGUUAGAACUCGUGAUGGCAAUCGUGAAUCUGCCAUUGAAGCUUUGAGGAGGUCUCAGUACAAAUUCCCCGGCCGCCAAAAAAUCAUCGUCUCCAAGAACUGGGGUUUCACACCUCUCCGUCGCGAGGAGUAUCUCAAGAAGCGUCAGAACGGAGAACUCAGAGCUGAUGGUGCUUACGUCCAGUUUUUGAGGCCCCACGGAAGACUGGAACAGAAUAUGCGCACAUUCCCAGAGGCAUUCGUCUCUGCCUAAGGGAGGUUGUGUUAUUGCGCUUUUGUUGGCGUUAACCGGUUGGUAGAGGAUGGCUAUUUUAAAAUAAACAAUUUUUUUGUAUGCAUGUUUUGUACUUUAGAGUGAAAAAUGCUGCGUACGAAAUCUUGA